CCAAUGCAGAAAAAAAUAAUAUCAAUGCGAAAACUACCAAUAAACAAUCUACCAAUAUAAAUCAAUAUAUGCAAAUCAAUACCAAUGCAAAAAAAAAAAACCAAUACCAAUGCGAAAAAAACACUACCGCUGUGGGAAAAAAAUACCAAUAUAAACAAUUUAUAUUUACCAUUACAAAAGCCAAGAUAAGAGGGAAGCAAUAAUUGAUAGUAUGUUAUGAUUGAAAGGAAAGGAAAGGAGAUCUGGAACUAGAAAUGGUCGGCGCUGGUUGAGAAAUUAGAUUUGGAGAUGUAAAAGUAGUGAAAAGUAUUAGAGUGAGUGAUCGGCAAGUACAUACCCCAUGGGGGGAGUCAUACCGAGGCCAUUGGCAAUUAGACUGCGUCGAUCGGCAGCGACGGCAGCGGGUUUUGACGACGAUGCUAAUAGAGCUGCUACCACUAGUAGCAGUAGGCAGUAACGGCAGUGGAUUGUGGUAGACGGCGGAUGAGGUGGGUGAGGUGAGGCGGAGGGAGGGAGCGGGGAAGGGAAGAGGGAUCACGGUUAGUGAGAUGGGUUGCAUUAGGGUUUGGGUAUAAUAUAUAGAGUAAUCAGGUGUGGUAUUUUUUCAUUUCGAAAUUAACCUUAAUCUAAUCUUUUUGAUAAUGGUGAUUGCAUUAAGUAAAAAAGAGGAAAGAUACAAAGGUUCAGAAGAGCUGAACCGAACCACAAAAAAGGAGAAAGGAAAACUACAAGUAAAUGGAAAACGAACGUCAUCAGAAAAAAAUAAAAAAUAAAAAACAGAGUGGCACAAAAAGAGGAGAGGAAACCUAGCAUGAUGGACCAGACCAUCUCCGCUGAGGAGGGUGGAAAAGAGAAAGAUGAAAUCAAAGAAAACAAGCACAGCAAUAACCCUGGCAGGGAAAGAGAGACAAGAGAUACAAUAUUACAUUCGAGACAAGCAUUCACGUAGCCAAACCGCAGAUAGAUUCUUGUCGACUUUGUGAUGAGCUGUAAGCCAGGAGAUGACCAUUCUGGAAGCUUGUCGAGCGAUAACCUUCGCAGUAGUGUGCGUGUUGUUGAAAAUGCGCUGAUUCCGUUGAAGCCAAACCAGCCACAAAGUAGCAUGGAGAAUGCAAAAAGAAAACCAGUCGUUGAUGUUGCUAGGUUCUGCAGUAGAUCUGCCGUUGAUGAUUGCAGAUAUGUCGCCUUCGAGAGGUCCAAACUGAACAGCCCCUCUUCUGAUCAUGUUCCAAACAUCUUGAAUGAAGUCACAUUUAACAAAAAGAUGAGAUAAUGAAAGGUAUAGAUUUUGGUAGUCAGUUGAUUACUUUUAAUUUGGUAACCACCAUAACAACCAUAACCUAUUCCUUUUAUAACAUACGACUAUACCAGGACUAAAUUAGAUUUACUAACGUAUAAAGGAUAAAUAAAGUAAAAGGGUUAAAUGAUUGUGUUGGGAUCCGAUUCCCCUUUGCCCCCUGUUAUUUCCUUGCUGUUUUCAGUGAACGAAUUGAAUUUACCCCACAUUUGCGUCAUUUUCCUCUUUUGGAACACAAUAACAUACCUAAUUAACUUGGGAACAAGGAAAAAAGUGAGAAGAUUGUUACAUAUAGGAGCAGCUUGAUCAGCGGGUGAUGUCAAACUAUGAAGUUCCAAAAGGCUUCAGAUUAACUAAAGCUAAAAUAUUAAUUAAUAAAUAAACAUUAAAUUGGUAACAAAUGUGCCCUCAAACUUUCAAUUACCCCCACAUUUGGUUCCCUUUCUUUUUGGAAGCUUCUCUUGCGUAAAGCCUUUUGUAAAAGCAACAAGAUAUAUAAUAGAAGAUAACAUAAUGAUUGUGGAUAUGGAAUCUUGUGACCACCACAACCAAGAUUUCCGGAGAACUUCCACGCGGUACUUAAUGGUUCUGUUGUACGAUUUAUAGGUCGGAUUAGCAAUAAGUUAGUCCGAUUUCAUUUGAGUCAUUUCAUCCCUUUGAUUUUUAUCAAGGUGCAAUGUGUUUUUAUCUUUAUUUCAAUCAACAUAUGAUUUACCUUUUGUAAAAAAAAAAAAACUUAAUUAGUGCAUCUAUGUAAUUAUUGGAGUUUUAAAAACAAAAGGUUGGGUGAUCUCGGAUAAGUUUGACAAAAUUUUAGAUUCAUUUUCGAGUUGAUACCUAAUAAAACAAUUGAGCAUACAAUCAAAUCAUACAUACAAAAACAAAAAUCGUGAUAAAGAAUGCACGCAAAUAAUUGAAAUUACCAUUGAUUUUUGUAUAUGAAAUUGAAAUUAUCAUUGAUGGGUCAAUCUAACUUGUGACCUGAACAAUUUACAUUUUUCUUCAGAGAUAAAAAAAAAGAUCUUUGCUCAGAAAUGAUAAUAUCGACUUGUUUUUAUCAGUAUUAACUUGUUUUAUCAAUUGUUUUAUCAGUAUUAAUUUGAACUGAAUGUGACUUCUCUGUCAAUAACCGUAUGGAAAGGAUCGUUCAAUUGAACCUAGCUGUCUUUUAAAUUCUAAAUAAUCUUAUGAUUCAUGAGUUUUCACAGUACAAACCAAUUCUCUUGAUAAGAGCAAUGCGUGCAAUUGUGUCGACAGAAAAACAGCCGUUAAUUAUAGAUUGUUAGCGACAGUAACCAAAGGACAAAUAAUAAUAAUAAUAAUAAUAAUAAUAAUAAUAAUAAAUAAAUAAAUAAAUAGAAGUGAGUGAGAGGCAGAAGUAAGAGUCUGCUGCGGAAUAGUAUUUACCUCCUAGUUAAUAUCUCCUAAGCUAAGAUAGUAGCGAGUUAAUAAACCUCUUCGGCCUUGUUUAGGGUUGCUUGCUGUCAUCUGCCGUUUCAUAAUUUCUACACUAAUAAUGAACGUCAUUGCUGAGGGGAUCGUUUAGUGAACUAUCGACAAAUGGUAUUGGUUCUUUCACCAAUAAUUAAUACCAAAUGAAUUUAUCAUGUAUACAAUCUAAUCUAAAACAUUCAUUCAUAUUUAGAUUCGAUCCAACAAAUAACAUCGAUAACUCCAACAAAUAACAUCAACUUUCGACAUUCAAAUUCAAAUUCACGAUUUAUUUUUAUUUCAAUUUACAAAAAAAAAAACAAGGUCAUAUUAUUUAUGCGCUGGAAAUCGAUCAUUAUUCCAGUCGGACCAUCAGCUACCUCGAUUUCAAUUGGCUUCAUACCGAGGGUAUUCUAGUCAAUGUUGCGUAUGAUACUGGGUGAACCCAAUUGUACCGACUGACGUACAACGAGUUUGACCAUGUUCGAUAUCAUUAAGUAGUAAAACAGACCAUUCGAU